UUGUUCGGGAAAUUUUUAUUUGGAAUAAUACGCAUGCGUCAAAUAUUUUCAGCUUUCUUCGCAACGACUGAGCGAGAGAGGAUAAUUUACAAAGUUUUUGGGGUCCAAAAUACACAACCAUGUCGUACAGAGAUUUAAGAAAUUUCACUGAGAUGAUGAGAGCUUUAGGUUAUCCAAGAUUGAUCUCAAUGGAAAAUUUUCGAAAUCCAAACUUCCCACUGGUUGCUGAAGUUAUGCGUUGGCUUGUUAAAAGGUAUGACCCUAAUGCUGAUGUACACAGUGAUAUUGACACAGAACAAGAUAGAGUAAUAUUCAUUAAAACAGUGGCUGAAUUCAUGCAUACAAAAGCCCACAUAAAGAUGAACACAAAGAAGUUAUACCAGUCAGAUGGGUAUGCUGUAAAGGAGAUGCUGAAAGUGACUGCAGUUUUGUACAAUGCCAUGAAAACCAACACAUCAGCUCAAUCAGAAAAUGACAAUGAAGAUGACUCCAGUCAUCUCUCAUUUGAUAUCUCAUCAAAGAUAAAUGAUUUGAAAGAGGCUAGAAGACUUGCAUCAGAAAUCACCACCAAAGGAGCCACUUUAUAUGACCUCCUGGGAAAGGAAGUGGACCUCAGAGAACAAAGAUCCAUUGUGAUAGCAAAAUCUUUGGAAAUAAAUGAAGUUGAAAGUGGUAUUACUGGGUCUAUCAAAGGAGUGGAAAAUGAGAUAAAAAAGUAUUACAUGCAGCUAGACAAUGUUGCAUCUGAUGAAGCAAAUCUGGAGGCUAAAAUAGAAAAGAAGAAGAAUGAAUUAGAGAGAAAUAAUAAACGAUUACAGACUCUUCAAAGUGUCAGACCAGCAUACAUGGAUGAAUAUGAGAAGCUGGAGGAAGACCUACAGAAGUUGUAUGAGGUGUACAUGGAUAAAUUCCGAAACUUAACAUAUCUUGAGGCCCAACAAGAGGAGUAUUACAGAGCAGAGCAAGACAAGUUUGAGGAGACUGAGGAAAAAUUAAAACAGAUGGCUGACCGCCUGAAGAGUGAAGAACAGAAUCGACAAAAGAUUAUGCCUGAUGACAUUGAUCUUUCUCAUAACUCUGAUGAUGAUUUAGAUGAAUCUGAUGACGAUGACACUGAAGCACAACAGCCGACUCGACAACGCCCCGACGCAGCAGCCGGUGAAAGGAAACAGAGGGUGAUGGGCUCCAUGCUGGCUGAUGCCAGUGAUGAUGAUUCGGAAAUUGAUCUUGAUGAUGACGAUGAUGAUGAUGACGACGAUGAUGACGACGACGAUGAUGAUAAUGUGAAUGAGAGAGAGGAAGUUGAUGACAAUGAUUUCUAAAGUGAAUCUGUGAUACAAGUUAAUGAACUUUAAUAAGAUUAUAUGUUUAUUUAUUAUUCUAAAAACAUUGCCAGUGAUAUUGCAGAAUACUACCAUUACGUCAAUUUGCUGUAAUACAUGUUCAAGAACAUGGAAAUAAAACUCUACUGUCUA